UCCGGUCCGGCAGAUUCAACGCGGAUUGUAACGUGUGGUAGUGCUAAGCUAAUUCCUUCGGUGUAUUCGAAAGAAAAUAUGGGUAUGUAUUGUUGUGUUCCCGGGUGCGACAGCGUCUCCCACUACAAAAACGGGUUGAGGAAAAGUGGAUACUCUUUUCACAAUUUUCCUGCAUGGAGGACCAAUAGAGGGCAACAAAUAUCAGAGAUCACGAAGGCACGACGGAUGGCUUGGGUCGCGGCGGUUCGUCGGAAAAACAUUUCAUUUGAUCAUAUUUCUCCUGGAAUGAAAGUGUGUUCCCGUCAUUUCGCCUCUGGUAAACCUGCAUCUGAAAUGCAGACAACACACCCCGAUUGGGCACCAUCUCUCUUUUUGGAUGGUCCUGAGGUCAAGCGCAUCACAUCGGCGCGUUAUAAGAGAUUGAGAUGGCGAAGAGUGUUUGCUGUAACUUCAGCAGUAAAAGACCAGCUAUCUGCAGUCCCGUUGCAAGCAGAACAGGCAAUGCAGACUAUGGACAAGGGAGCUGUUCAUGAUGAUGGGGAUGUAGCAGAGGAAGAAUUGUUGCAAGCAGAACAGGCAAUGCAGACUAUGGACAAGGGAGCUGUUCAUGAUGAUGGGGAUGUAGCAGAGGAAGAAUCAACUGAUGAGACCGUUGCAGAAUGUGAUUUAUGUCAGCCAAGGCUCGAGGAGAUAAAUCGUCUAAUGGAGGAGAACAGACGCUUGAAUAAAGAACUUGAAAAGCGGGCAAUGGGUGAGGAAUUUCUGAAGGAUGACACCAAAGUAGAAUACUACACUGGACUUCCAGACAUGGAGGUGCUUAUGGGUCUGCUUUCAUGCAUCUUGCCUCGUUUGUCGACACCUACAGGAACACUUUCACCAUUUCAGAUGCUUUUCCUCACUCUUAUGCACCUAAAGCUUAACUUGCCUUUGCAACACAUUGCACACCUGUUUAAUGUCAAUGGAAAAACAGCCUCCGAAGCCUUUAGCGAGAUGAUAGAUGUUUUGCAUGCAACAAUCAGCCCUUUAGUUAUCUGGCCAUCAAGAGAAAUAUUACAUGCAACUAUGCCCUAUCAAUUUGUGGAGGCAUUUGGUAGGCGUGUUGCUGUAAUACUGGACUGUUUUGAGAUAUUUACUCAGAAACCAUCUAAUCUAAAAGCCCAAGCCCAGUCAUACUCCCAUUACAGACAGAGUAAUUCAAUGAAGUAUCUAAUUGGGGUAACACCACAGGGUGCUAUUUCAUUCAUCUCCAAAGGAUGUGGUGGAGGUGCAAGUGAUAAACACAUUACAGAAACAAGUGGAAUUCUAGAUAAACUACUUCCUGGUGAUAUGGUGUUGGCAGAUAGAGGGUUUGAUAUACAAGACAGUGUGGGGCUCAUGUGUGCAGAAGUCAAGAUCCCAGCUUUUACUCAAGGUCGCAGCCAGCUUGAUGCAAGUGAUGUGGAGAGCACGAGGAAAAUUGCACACCUCCGCAUUCAUGUGGAACGGGUGAUUGGGAACAUUCGAAAUAAGUACACCAUUUUGUCAAACAAGGUUCCCAUUAGUUUUGUGCUACCGUGUAAAAGGGAGGAUGUUACCUUUCUUGAUAAGCUUGUGGUUGUUUGCUGUGCUCUUACAAAUAUGAGCACAAGUGUUGUCGUGAAAAUUCAAUAAAAUGUGAAUACCAAAACAUGACUUAAACAACUUCUUGACAGACUAUAACUGCUUGUUGUUUACUUAAGCUCUUCAGUCAGGUGAUUUAAUAUUGUUAUUCUAUUUGGAAUAUGCAUUAACAAUGUUUGGACAGUGCUGUAGACAAGAACUGGGACUGGUAAGUUUCGAUAGAUUUAUUUCAAGUAAUGUCAAUAUUUGAACUGACAGUUUAAAAUCUUUAAAUUAGUGCAAACAAGGCCCACCCUCUGACGGGGGCAGCAAAUAUUAUAUAACAUAAUAAAUUAUAAGAAAUAUAUAAAUACAAGAUUACAAUAAACGUGUCUUUGUCAAAGCAGUUAAAAAAAAUCACUGGCCUUGGGUAAAUUGUCAGACAGAAUAAAUAUGUACUUUAAAAUUCUUGCAUUUCCCUUUUAAGUAUUGCAAGUUCUCAAACGCAAUAUAUGAAGUGACAGUUUAAAAUCCUUACAUUAGUGCAAAAUGGCCCACACUCUGACAGGGGGCAGCAAAUCUUGUAUAACUUGUAAAAAGCAAUAUACCUAUGGUGGAAAACAAGACUGAAAAAGCUGUUUCUGCUCUUGCACUCCUCUUUAAAAGAAACUGCUGUAUUUUAAGCCAAAACAACUGUUGUCUUUGAUAGAAGAAUAUGUCAAUAUGCUACCAAAGCAGAUUCACGACGCAUUAAGCCCCCAAACUAUUUUUAAUUUGUCCGUUUUACCCUGAAAACCCCUGUUUACAGACGUCGCGCAACCGCUUUUGUUUCAACCCAGCCAUAAAACGAAGGUAAUUAUAUUUAUUCAAAAUCUGUCGUUUUUAGCUUAGAAUCAUUAAUUGAUGUCUCAUAUUUCAUUAAAAAAAAAAGACAAAAAUUAGGGCUGUCAAACGAUUAAAAUUUUUAAUCGAGUUAAUUACAGCUUAAAAAUUAAUUAAUCGUAAUUAAUCGCAAUUAAUCGCAAUUCAAACCAUCUAUAAAAUAUGCCAUAUUUUUCUGUAAAUUAUAUAUAUAUUCUGUAAAAUGUUGGAAAGAUGACACAAGAUGGAUAUAUACAUUCAACAUAAGGACUGUAGUGGGCAUUUCACUCUACUGUCAUUUAAAUCUGUCUAUGCUGUUCUCACUCCGAAGCGUCUACUUUUUCCAAAGCUAGACAGCUAGUGAACGACGCCUUAACAAUCAGACUUCUUCCUUUUUCAUCUGAUUUAUGAAUAAAAUGGCCUCAAACCACUGUCCUCUUUAGACAAUAGUGAAACUACAAAAAAAGUACACAAGCAUUGCAUUAGCAACAACGUUAGCUUAGCACGCUAUACAGGUUCACUAAACAUAAACCAAAAGCGUCUCAUACAAAAAAUAUAACA